AUGUGCUACUACCACAACUAUUAUGGUAGCCUGGAUUAUGGUUGCAGCUAUGGCUCUGAAUGGAACUCUGGAUAUGCCUGCAACUUUCCAUGCUCCUAUGGAAGAUUCCUAUUGGCUUCUACAAAGAAAUUCUGA